UGUAGCCUCAGCAGGUAGCUGCCCCAUUCCUGCAUCAGGGUGCCCCAUUGGCAUCCGCCCCACACACGCAACAGAGAUUGGGCGUUGUGAUAGCUCCAUCCUUCUCAGCUAGCUGAGGCUUACUUUCUCAGAUUGGCACCUUCGGAGGAUAAGAUGAUUUUGUAGAGGGCUGUCCGCAGCUUUUGACGCCAUGGAGCGUUUUUUGAUAAAGAAAAUGCUGCCCCUGCAGCCAGUCGGACAGGGCAUGAGUCCAAGCACAGAACCACCGAAAUUGGGUUGGCAUGAGAAGCGAGCGAUCACAGGGCAAGGGGGCCCCCAACAAGCAUGGGUUAGGAUGCUGCAGCUCUAUGCACAGCUUGGAAGCUUUCCCCAGAGUGAGUUGAGCACCUCGUUCCCCCCUCCGCCGAACGCCCCUGGAUGGUUCAAUAGAAACCAAAAUGGCGCUCAGCUUUCAACCUGGGGGGAGACCUGGGACUCAGUAGAGGAGGGGACGCACGUGGUUGCGCAAAGGCCAUACGUGUCCUCGCUUGAGUUUGAUUCAAGAGGAGAGCUCCUAGCUUCAACCAGCAGCGUUGGUUGCAUCACAGUCCAUGAGUAUGAUCAGGCACGGACCGCAUUGCAAAAUGGCGGAACUCCUACGCCGCUCGUCAGCCUCUCAACUCGAUUGAGGCUGGAGAAGAUCAGCUGGAACCCCGCAGAUGAAAACCAGGUUGCGGUGUGCGCCUCUGGCACUGCCAAUCUGUUCAUCUUCGAUCUCUCAGUAGUAUCCAACGAGCCUAAGGAGUUGCUGACGGCUAAGCCCCCCAGCAACGUCGGCUUCACAAGCUUCAACAGGCUCGGGCUCUGCGACCUGGCGUUCAGCCGAGGCCAGAAAUACAGGAUUGCUGCGGCUGGCCAGGACGGCCGAAUGUACCUGUGGGACUCGCGCUCGGGGCGCAAGCCGACGACGUCGAUCGGUGUGCCAGGGCUGCAGGGGGCACUGACGUCACUGCAAUUCUCGCAAGACGAGCAGGUUCUGUAUGCGGGCUCGGAGGGGGGCUGCAUUCACGGGUGGGACCUGCGAGGGGGCACACAGGGCGCGUUCAUGCGCGCGAGCGAAGAUUACCACCGCCCCAUCUGCCGGCUCGUUCUCGCGGAUCUGCUGCAAAGCCUUGCCUCCUUGAGUAGCCAGACGGACGUCGAAACCAGCGCCAUCCACGCUCUCGCGUUCAACCCCUCCAACCCGCGCCAGCUCGCGUUCCACCUCAACAACGGCUGGUCCGGCGCCGUCGACACGCUCUCGCAAAAGAUAACGCACGCGUACUGCCCGCCGCCGCCCUGGCAAGACGGCUUGCAGACGGGGCUCGCCUGGACACUGGGCCGGAGGAGGCGACCCGUGUGGCUGCCCACAGGCUCGGUGUUCUGCGUCCCCGCAUCCAACGAACCCCUACUGACUUUCUUAGACUUUACGGCCCACCCACGGUCGCGCUGCUGGGUGGGAGAAGACGAGCCGACGCCUUCUGGCGAAGCCGGUCACGACCGGCAAAAAGAACCGGGGGCGACGGCUCCGGCGGAAGCUUCUCGGGCCGCGGCCCAGCAGAGUCGGGCUGCGGCAGAAAAGCGGCAACGGCACUCCAGAAGCGUGGAGCCGCCUAGAGUAUUAAUAGACGACCCGCCUGCGUCGGUGGCGGUGCACCCUUUAAGCGACGAACUUGCAGCGGGCACCCAGGCUGGGACGCUUGUUUUCGUCGGCACUCGUGGAAGGCCUGUAGAAAAGGACGUGGAACCUCUUGAUAGGAGGAGGGAGACAAAUGCAGGGGAAAUAAGCCAAGACGACCCUGUUCAGGUCCCGAAUGCGGUUUCCGUAUCGGAGGGGCGCAUUGUAUUUCAGUAUGCCGCAAGGGAAGUGCCUGAUUGAAAGCUGCGAAGCCAGCUGUUGCUAUCUGUGAGCAGUUGAUUGAUCUGCUUGUCAGGAAAAGACCCGUUGGUGCGUUAAGAUGUCGCUGGAAGUGAUCAGUCAUGUGCAAUCAUGCUGAUGCAUCCAGCCUCUCUGCUGAUCUGACGGCUGCACUUUGAAGCCAUGGUCGCAAGUUCUGU